AUGAUGAUUCUCUUUUAUGUUGCAUUGAAAAGUAGAUAUCUAAGUGUCGCCUUGGAGGUAAUUCAACUAAGAGUAAAGAAGCUUUCGCUCAAAAGUUGGAGUAAACUUUAUUGUGCUUUCUUAACGAUUUAUCCUCACGACUUUGUUGUGAUGAGAGAAAAAGUAAAGAAAAGGAUGGGAUGGAAUGUCAACAAAACUCUUUUGCUUGUUUGGGAUGAUUGGGGGUGGAAAAUGUGA